AACAAAAAAAAAAAUAACAACAAAAAAAAAAUCAAUUAAAAUUUUAAAGAUUACUUUUUUUAUUUUUUUUUUAUGAAAACGAAAUGUCGAUAGAAAGUGAUAAAGAUGAAAUCACAUUAUCAAAUAUGCCUCAAAAUGAUGAGGAAAUACAACCAUCACAAACUUCCGAUAAUGCCGACCCAGGAAGGAAUAAAAUCUUUGGUGUUUUUUAUGGUAUUGGUGUAAACAUAAAUAACGUAAUUGGGUCAGGAAUUGUCACUUCACCAGGAAUUAUUUGGAAGAUGGUAAAAUCCCCUGGGAUCGUAUUAUUAUUAUGGGUAAUUGGUGGAUUAGUUAGUAUGGCAGGUUCAUUAACCUAUGUUGAACUUGGAGUUAUACAUAGGAUAAGUGGUGGUGAAACAAAAUAUUUACAAACUGCUUUUCCAAAUCCAAAACUUAUGAUUAGUUAUCUCUUUAGUUUUAUGUAUAUUUUCGCAAUUCGACCGGGUAUUUUGAGUGCUGUCUUACAAUCUGCGGCUCAGUAUUUAUGGUAUACUGUUAAUGGAACUCGUUAUGAUGUAUCGUUUCAACCAGAUAAGGAUGGUUGGCACCUUCCUUUUUCUCCAUUUUGGUAUAUAAAAAUAAUAGCGGUAUUAAUUUUAUUGGUUAUAACUUUAUAUCAUAUGCUAAGUAAUAGAUGGGCAAAUUAUAUAAAUCAAUCAUUAGCGGCCAUUAAGUUGGUCACAUAUACAAUAAUAGCAUUUGCAGGAAUUUGUCGAUUACUUGGAAAUUGGUCAACAAGUCGAAUAAAUUGGCAACAAUCAAUAAGUGGAAAUACUGAUCUUACAGCCUAUUCUUCCUCUAUACUAUUGAUUAUGUUUAGUUAUGAUGGAUGGAAUAGUUUGAAUUAUUCUCUUGAUGAAUUUCGUAAACCGGAAAAGAAGCUCAUAUACAGUAAUAGUAUUAGUGUUGGAAUUGUUACAUUAGUGUAUCUUCUUGUAAAUAUAUCAUUUAUUUCAGUUGUACCAGAAGAAUCCAUAAACACAACUGACACUGAUGAAACAAUAGCUGCAACAUUCUUUCGUCAAUUAUUUGGUGGAUCUGAAGUAAUGGUUAGAAUUUUCACCGCUCUAGUUGUACUUUCCGUAGUUGGUACAGCUGCAUCAACAGUAUGGAGUGGUUCAAGAGUUGUUGUUGCUGCUGCUGCAUCAAAUUUUUUUCCUGUAUAUUCUUAUGAAUUAAGAACUUGGAAUAAACAUUUUGAUACACCAAUUAAUGCUUUAUUUGCACAAUUUAUUUGGUGUUCAUUAAUUAUAUUUUUUGUUGGUGGUAGUUUUACUGUUACAGGUUUUAUGUUAUUUUCAGCAUUUUCAAUGUAUAGUUAUUGGAUUUUUUAUUUCGCUACUGGUGUUGGAUUAUUGGUAAUUCGAUAUAGGAAUAGAAGGAAAUUACAUAGAGACUUACAUAUUUAUGGAAAUGAAGAAAAUCCACCUAGAUUAUCAGCAGAUGAAGAAAAAUUUUAUAAAGCACCAUUAAUUGCAAUUGGAAUAUUUGUAUUAUCAGGAUUUUUUAUAUUAACAUUUUCUUUUGUGGUAAAUGAUCAAUGUCCAGGACUUGAUUCAAAACAAUGUAGAAUUCAACAAUUAUCACCUAUAUUAAUUAGUUAUGGAUUCCUUUUAAUAGCAGUAAUAUGUUGGUAUAUAUUAUAUGUUUGGUGGGAAUCAAAGAAAGCUAAAAGAAUUAUUAGAAUACCAGCUGAUGAAGAUAAUGAUAAAAUAGAAAUUACCGUAUAGCAACAUUAGCACUAUUAGCACUGCUAAAAAAAAAAAAUACCCCGAAUUUACCUGGGGUAUCAGAAGAAUUUACUAGAUAUAUAUAUAUAUAUGGAAGAUUUUAUUACAUAGGUAUUUUUAUAUAUUAUAUGGUGUGUUUUAUGGGUUGUUUUAUAUUAGGGUACGC